AUGUCGUUUUUUUAUAAGGGAAAAUCGCCAAUGGAUGAAAUUCCAGUUCAUGAAAUGACAAAAUAUAAUCAAGCUCAAACAACAAUACGACGAUAUAUAACGAAUGAAACAUUGCAACGAAAGAAGAGACGUAAGAAAAAAGAUUCGCAACAUCAUCAUUUGCAUCGGAAUAUCGGAACACAACGUUGGAAUUUUAUUCGAGCAGAUUCGGAGCAAUCCAUUGAUCCAACGGCUGGAAAAGGAGUAGACAACACAAGCAUGAAUUCUUCCGAUGGCAAUACACGAGUUUUACAUAAAAAAUCAUUUCGUAAGAAGAAGCAUCCCAAGACUAUCAUUCAGCUCAAACAAGAACGAAUCAAAAAGAAUGAAACCAUGUUUAAGGAGAUCGAAAGCUCAAUUCGAGAUCAAAUUAAGGAUGAUGAUCUGGACAGUGCAAUUGCAAUACUUAAAGACCAGAGAUUUGCCUCAUCUAACCGUGAUGUAACCAGCCUACUUGCCAAGCGACUAGAUGAUCAAGCUGAUAAACGCAUAAACGAAACAGUUGGAGUGGAAUCUUUUCGUCAAAAAGAUAACAAAGGAAAGAAAGAGCCUGCCAUUUCAGCAAACAAUGAAAAGCAACCAAGCAGCAUACCGUCUUUGCCGAAUUUGUAUCAGGGUAAAUCCUCAAACAAGAAGGCUACUUCCUCCAAAGACAGGAGGUCCAACAUUUCACACUUGGACAAUCUCGAAGAAGAAUCUGACGAUCCUUUCCAUGACUUGUUUAAUCGUGACACCGAUUUUGUCACGGAUGACAUGAUUCCCGCAUAUCAAACCAUUCACCCAUUAGAGUUGGAAAUGAAGGAAACGAUAGAUUUUCCAUCAGACUUGUUGGAGGGUGACGAAGAGCUCUACAUCGAAGACUCAGAUUACAUUGAUUACAAGAAGAGAUUAACGGAAGGCUAUGAUUCAGAUUCAGAUCACGAAAAAUUAGUUGCAGAGGAGCUGGACGAAAAGGCUAAAUAUCGACAAAAAGCACACAACUUUACAGCCAUGUGGUUUUUGCCACCGUCACAAUGGACCUCAAAUGCGACAGAUGAAAAAAAGAAGAAGAAAGACAAGCAACUUCACUCUGAACAAGUAUUGAAUCAGCAGUUGCAAGAUCUUUCCAGUUCCAAACUUUUCAAAUCCUUUCUCGUGAAAUCGAAUGCAUCUGUGCCGAAUUGGUUGAAAAAUGUGAACGUUUCUAAAAAUCAAAUGGAGCAUGAAAAGAGUGCUGCAGUAAUACCAGCGAUUAUUAAGAGCCUUCACAAUGAUAGUGUGGUAUUGUAG